AUGAGUUCACUGAAACAAUAUCUACGUAAUAUUGAACAACAGCGUCUAGAUAAUGUGAUAGAAGUGAUAGGAAUCCCUAAAGCUAAAGACGAAAAUCUUGAAAACAUAUCUCUCAAGCUAUCUGAGACACUCAACAUGGACAGGACGCAGGAAGAACUAGUGGUAGAACAAAUCAUUCCCGAGGCUCCCGUGGAAGUUGCUAAGAUGAAAGUGACCAUGCGACGCGCCCUGACUAAAGCCAAUAAGUCAUUAUUAUGGCUAGCACAACAAAAAUUAAGACCGGCCUACAAAUAUCUCUGGUUCCAAGAUGGAAAGGUACUACUCCGUAAAGAUGACAAAGCCAAGCCUGAAGUCGCCCGAAGCGAAGCUGACAUUGAGAAGCUCUCAGCACAAACAAAAAUAAUCGGCCACAGUUUUAAUCCGUAA